CCCUCAUUACUUCAUUAAUCCAAUCUUUCCUUCGUUCCUCAUUCCCGAUUGUAUUGUUGUGACCACUAAAAGCGCACCUAACGCUGUUGCUAAGUUACAUAUUACAAUAUGGCGGCCUGUUCCUUACAUUACAUCAUCAGCCAUAUUCAUCCGCACUGCGUAAUUCUAAAUCUCACGAGCUCACGAGACUUAGUAUUUACAAAUCAAAUUAUACAAUGACAACAGAGCUAUAAAUAUGUGGUGUCUUGUAUAAAAGUCGGUAUCUGUAGGUACGCUGUUCAGCAUCUACACAGCCGAUUUAGAUCGAAUUUUGGCCUGCGAUCGCCGUAGCGUUUUAAGCUGAUGUUCAUUACGGUUAUCAUGUCAGAAACAGCAGAUAACGCUGUGACACAGAUGACAAGAGCUGUUGUUAAAAUCGUCAGCUCUUCCAACUUUAACAAGGAUGACUUCCUAGCUGAAAAGCUGAAGCUUUCCCAAGCUUUUUGCUUGUUGUGGCAAGACCCGAAGAGCGGUGAUGUUUCAGGAAGAAAGCUUAGUUGUGAGUGCAAUGCAGCUGCCGCCGCCGCGGCCUUGRUCGACUUGGUCGCCUUGGGCAGAGUAGAAGUCGAAGUAAAGCCAAACAGAACGCUUGGAUUUAGAAAUGACCUUAAUCUUUUGAAGGUCAUAAAUGAACAGCCAACUGGUACGUUUCUUGACGACACAGUAUUUGACAAAAGGCUCAAAAUUUUCAACAAAGCAGCACCAAAURAAURCAAACCUGAAAAAGUCAAAGAUAUAAUAUUUGGAGAUUUAUGGCGAUGGACCUCCACAAAUCAAGUUUCAACUCUUGCUCUAAAAAGUUUGGUUGACCUUGGUGUCCUGAGCAUGAAGGAAACAUGUUGGGGUCGUCGAUAUCCAAUUGAAAAACCAGGCCUUCAAGAGUCCUUGAAAGAUCAAAUAAGGGCAGUGGUCCUGGAUGAUAGAGAACCAAACAGCUUCAUUUUUGCUUUAUUGGUAUUAUCAAGACUUGCUGAUGCAUUAUCUKUAGAUACACCAAUAUUGAAGAAAUACUUCACCAAAGAAGAGUAUGGCAAGGCMAAAGAAAAGAUGAACACCAUGCUUGGAAUUGGAUGGCUUGGUCUCAGUGACAAUCAGAACAGUGAGGACAAAUACAAAGUGAUGAGAAACUUUGUAGAAUAACUGUAUAGUUAAAUCACAUGACUUUCCGUGGUUGGCAAAAACGCAUCAGUUAUAAUUUUAUUUCAUGCUUGGACCAGAAGAAAAAAGGAAAACAGCUUUACAUGUAAAAAUCAAAAUAUUUAUCUUGAAAAUAUGCUGUAACUAUAUUGUUAGUUAUCUUUUAAGAUAUCUUUGGGUGAGCAAUGAUUUUUUUAUACCGCCGUGGGUGUGGCCGAUUUUUGAUGAAAAUACAUUGGCUAUAGCCCUCCAAAACAGUCAAAAAUUACCGGCUUUUGAAGAAAAUGCAUAGGCUAUAGCCCUCCAAAAUGACCAAAAGUAACCGAUUUUUAAUGAAAAUGUAGGGCCUAUAGCCCUCCAAAAUAGUUUUUAUUAUCCAUGCUACAGAUAAUCCGCAUUUCAAUAAGAACUCGUUCUUUUCUUCUCUAAAGCAAUAGUUGGGCAGCCGGCAGUGCCGCGCGCACGAUUCACUUUUCAAAAACACACCCAAAACACGUGAAAUCAUAAUUUGUUUAUUUCAUCCUCUUGCAGUUUAUAAAAACUGAAUUACAGGUGAUGGUCACGAACAAUGAGUAAAGGAAAUUAAAUAUAUAGAUAAAUAAUAAAUAAAAAGUGUUAACAUUAAUUAUGAUAUCGCACAGGUACAAAGAUCUUGAAGCGUUCGGUGUAAGUUAUUACGUUGUGGUAUGGCGUAAAAAAGUAAUGCCACGGGCAUUUUUGAGACCUAAUUCCAUGCAAAUGAAUUCUGACGCCAUUGGUCACACGAUGUCCGUGAUGUCAUGACGGAUUAGCCAGUGUCACAUGCAGGACGAUCAGGUGAUAACAAAUCGACGUGCCGAAUAUUUUGCAGAUCGAAUUUCAAACAACGUCCUCAUCGAUUAUCAAAAGUUAAAAAGAACUUUUUAAAACAAAUCCGUUUCUUUUAAAGGACAAAGUUAAAAAUCAGUGGAGUUUAAGAAAAUACCAGAGGCGAUUUUUCAAGAUGGCCGGCAGUGCUGGUGCAGCAGCGGCAGCUCACAUGGAUUAUACAGCUGGCAAAAUGACCGAGGCGCUCGUGGCAAUUGUCAAUUCUUCUUGGUUUGACAAAGAGAGUUUCCAAACCGAAAAGCUGAAGCUUUCUCAAGCUUUCUGCUUGUUAUGGCAAGAUCCAGAAAGUGGAGAUGUAAGCGGCAGAAAGAGUGGAGUAGAGUGUCAGGCUGCUGCUGCAGCGGCCGGUAUAGUUGAUUUGAUCGUAAUGGAUCGAGUAGAGAUUGAAGUGCAACCCAACAAAACACUAGGAAUCAAAGAUGACAACAUACUUUUGAAGGUGAAAAAUGAAAAGCCAACAGGAACCUAUCUUGAUGGUCCUUUAUUUGAUGACAUAGCAGAGCACCAUAAUAAGAAGCCUGGUAAUCCAGAAAAAGUGAAAAAGGUCAUAUGGCGGGAUAUUGCUCACAUGAGGACAAAAAGYCAAGUAGCAACUAACACACUCGACAGCCUUGUUGAACUGGGCAUUCUGGAUAUGAAAGAAAAGUUUGUAGGUCGUAAAUAUCCAACAGCCAAACCAGGUGUUGAGGAAUCAUUGCGAGAUCAAAUAAGAUCAGUAGUGCUGGAUGGAGCCGAGCCCAACAGUUAUAUCCAUGCCUUGUUGAUAAUAUCUAGGAUGGCAGACAAAGUGUCGAUGAAUACCCCAGUCCUGAAGAAAUGUUUCACCAAAGAUGAGUACGACAGGGCUAAAGACAAAAUGAAUGCAAUGAUCGACUUCUCUAAUGACAAAAGUGAAG